AUGCAUUUCCCUUCUCUUUCCUUUGCUGUGCUCUCCGUGGCGGGCAUAUCCCACGCCUUGCCUGCUCUCGGCUCUGGCUGGCCAACACUCAUCCCCAACACCGUUGUCAUUGAUGGCUACCGUCUCGUAGAAGCAAAGCUGCGUCUCGACCUCGGCGAUCACAGCCUCAAGUCUGCCCUGAAGCAUCUCACAGCCCAGGCGGACAGUUGGCUCAGCCAGGGCCCCUGGACCGUCACCGCAAAGGCAACUCCUCCCCCCAACGGCACGCUCCACGACUACACGUCGCAAGCACCGUAUUUCUGGCCCAAUCCCAAUACGCCAGACGGAUGCCCGUACAUCAACAAGGAUGGCGUGCGCAAUCCCGAGGUGGACAAGUACCAGGACCGCGUCUCCGUGGGGAAAAUGUUCAACUCGUCGUAUGUGCUGUCGCUGGCGUGGUACUACACGGGCAAUCCGAAAUACUCCAAGCACGCCUCUGAUAUUCUGCGUACGUGGUUCUUGGAUUCGGCUACGGCGAUGAAUCCGAAUCUCGAUCACGCGCAGCUCAUUCCCUGCGCCAACUCGGGCCGGUCCAUUGGCAUUAUUGAUUUCAGUCAGGAAUACACAAACGUCGUCGACGCAGUGGCCAUUCUCAACACCGGCGCGCCGGGAUGGACGUCCGCCGACGCAAAAGCCUUUGUCAGCUGGAAUAAGCGGUUUCUCUCGUGGCUCGCAGACUCGCCGUUUGGCAUCCAAGAGGCUUCAGCGCAGAACAACCACGGCACCUUUGCCAACAUGCAAAUCGCAGCACUGGCGCUCUUCACGGGGAAUCACUCCCUGGCCGUAUCGCAGAGCCAGUUGGCCAAGAGCUUCAUCAACAGCCAAAUCACAGCAAACGGCUCUCAACCACAGGAACUCGCCCGCACGCGCAGUUUCCACUACUCCAACUUUGACCUGUGCGCGCACCUGCGCUUCGCACUCAUCGCGCGCAAAGUAGGCGUCGACUUGUUCAAGUACAAGGGCCCGCAGGGACAGUCACUCUUUAAAGCGGUGGAGUUUGUGAUUCCUGCGGCGGCAGGGGGAGGCAGUCAGUGGAGCUAUCCGGAGUUGGGAUUUACGCAGUAUGCGGCGACGGAUAAUGUGAGGGCGGCGGCGCAGGAGGGGGAUUGGAUGGCGGCGAGGGCGGUGGAUGGGCUUGUUGCGCCGCCUGGGGGGGAUAUUUUUGCGUUGAGGCCGGCGCCUGAGCAACUGGAUAGUAUUGCGACGGUGGGAUGA